AUGGCAGGGAAGGAUGUAGUGUUGCCAACACGGGGUUGCCAGCUGGAGCAGCUCGUGCUGACGUGGAGCAUCGAGGACAUCUUCAACGACGAGCUGCUCCGAGAGAAGGUACGGCCCAUACCAACCACCUUCCCGGAUAUACCCUCGUACCUGUCUGCCUUCCGCUGGCCCCUGCUGGAAGAGUGCCGUGUGGGGCUCAAGCGUGGCCUUGAGCAGCUGCCUGCCGCCGCCUCCACACGGAUCGUGGUCAAAGCGGUGCAGAAGGGUGGUGAUAGGCGGGCAGCGAGAGCGGAUGGAUGCGGCGAGGUGGAGAGGGAUGACUGGCAGCGGCAGUUUGUGAGUUACCCUGGUGAUGACGACUACUUCCAGGGCGAGGCGUAUGGGAGUUCAGUGCACGUUAGUGCAUUGGAUGAGGUCGCACCACUGUGGCACAUGGCGCCACAUGGCCAGCCGAUUGGUCGGUGCAGAUGGCAGCUGGGAGGCGCCGCAGGGGAGGCACACUCGGCGACGACGUGCUCUGAAACGGAGACAUUCUGCUAUGUGCGCUUUGAAGUGCAGCAGCAGCAGUCUGCAGGGGCCGCGGGGGCAGCAGCGAGGCUGCAGUGGGGAUGUGCAGCAAAGCUGAAACCCACAGAUGUGGUGUUGCUGUCCACUGUAGCCCCCUCUGCCCCCACGGAUCUGCUCCGCGCAGGGGUGAUGUAUCGCCUUGCUGUCCUUGUUGCUGAGAGAAACUCGUCCGAGGAGGAUGGAGACCGCGAUCGCUGUUUCCGGGCCAGGAUAUGCACUCCAGAGGAUUCGCCCGAGUAUCAGGGCCUGGUUGGGGCAGUGGACGGGGGGGUGUGUGCAGGUGGUGCGUUGUGGUAUGUGACCUCGGUGGGUAGCUUGGCAACAGCACAGCGUGUGUGGGUUGCUCUGCAUGACCCGGUUCUUGAGGCGGCGGAGCUAGGGAAAGGCAGCGCAAGCACUGCCUCCUGCACACCUCCUGAAAGCAGUUUCUCAGUUCUGCACCUUGUGCAAGGCCCGCCCGGCACAGGAAAGACCCACACGCUCUCCGUGCUCCUCUCUGUUGCGCUUGCUCUUAGUGUUCGCACUCUUGUCUGCGCGCCCACCAACGUGGCCGCAGCUGAAGUCGCCAGGCGAAUGCUGCGCCUCGCUAUUUCCCCUGACCCGUCCUCCCACUUCUCAGCCUACUACCAGUCACAGCAGCAGCAGCAGCGGCUUCCAGACGGAUGGCCUUUUCAGUUUGAGAAGGCCUUCUCGGCUGGAGGGCGGCUGCACGUUGGAGAUAUUGUCCUGGUGGCGAAUGAACACAGGCUGGUGGUAGACCCAGAGCUGGAUUUGAUUCUCCUGGGGGAAGGGAGGAGGAGGGAGCUCGGGGCAUUUCCGAAGCGGAAGGGGGGUGUGUGUUGUGGGCGGGUAGCGCGGCUGCUGGGAGCUUUGUCUUUGCAGUCAGGCUGGAGGGCGUCUGUGCUCACGCUGAUGAGCUUGCUUGAGACCUCUGCUGAGGAAAUGAGUCGGGUCCACCGGACACACUUAAAGGUGUUGGAGAUAAGGAUCAAAGAGGAUCCUGGCUGGAAAAAUAGCAAGAUGGUAAGCAAGAAAGGGACAGAAAGCCUUCCAAACCUGCUUGAGUUUUUCCAGGAGCGUGUGGCUCAGCUUGUUGAUCCGGCUGUGGAGGGCGCGGUGAGCCUGGCUUACGAUCUGCCCUCCGCCCUUUUGCCAGAGCACGAGCGUGUGCUGCUGCUGCAGGCGGGUGAGCUGUUGGCAGCCUUGCAGCAUCUUCUGCUUUACCCAGGGCUCUCAUCGGAUGCCUUGAUAAGCUGGCUUGAUGGGUCACACACACAGGAGGAGGAUGGCUUCGACUUCAGCGUGUCCUCAGUUCUACACGAGGCUGCUGUGCUUCUUGCACCUUUUGAGGAUAUUUACAGGGGUGGCGGAAUCAGGAAGACCUCUUCCUGGGCUGGCAGGAUGCUUAGGUUGGGAACAAGAGGACCCAUCAGCAAUCAAGGCGCUGCCAACGCCACUGCCAGCACCAGUGAGUCUUCUGCUAGAGGCAACAAUUCCACUGCCGCCAGCAGCUCAACCAGGGAUGCAUGCAUCUCUCUCUCGCAAGCCGAGCGCCUCUUCUACUCCAUCCGCCGCCAUCUGAAGCACAUCGGCAAGCAAAGCCCCGCCUUCCACAUCCCCACCCUCAGCAGCAACCCGUCAGCUGCCACCGUAGCCGCUCAGUGCGUGGCAGGCGCACGCCUUGUCCUCUCCACCGUCUCCUCCUCUGCCCGCGCUCUCGUCCGCUGCUCGGGUCACUUCCCGCUGCUGCUGCUGGAUGAGGCGGCUCAGCUGGUGGAGGCGGAGUCUCUGGUGGCCCUGCAGGCGCGCGGGCUGCGUUAUGCCGUACUGGUGGGGGACCCAAAGCAGCUGCCUGCUACCGUCAUGAGCAAGUACAAGCGCAGCGUGUGGGAGCGCGUGCAGAGGGCGGGGUGGCACGCAGAGGUGCUGAGCGUGCAGUACCGCAUGCACCCCGACAUCACCCGCUUCCCCUCGCACUGCUUCUACCACCGCCGCAUCCAGGACGGCCUCAACGUGUGCCUGCCCUCGCACUGCCCGCCGCACCUGCAUCUGCUGUUUGGCCCGUACAGGUUCUUCCAUGUGAGGGGGCGCGAGGAGAGGGACUCUGUGGCUGUGGAUGCAGGCAGCCGCAGCGUUGCCAACUCAGUUGAAGCUGCCGUCGUGAUCGCUCUGCUCACCCGCCUCUCCGCAGGCAAGGAGGGAGGGCCGGUGAAGGUGGGGCUCAUCUCGCCAUACGCCCGCCAGGUGGAGCUGCUGCAGCGCGCCGUGGAGGCCAAGCCGUGGCCCUCCCUGACUGUGGAAGUUAACACAGUAGAUGGGUUUCAGGGCAGGGAGUGUGACGUUAUUGUCGUCAGCACCGUUCGCUCCAACAGCUCGAGAAGCAUCGGAUUUGUUGCGGAUCCUAGGCGUCUGAACGUGGCCAUCACCCGUGCGCGCCAUGCUCUGUGGGUGGUGGGCGACGCACACACGCUUCGAAGGGGAGACAGCAUGUGGGCGCAGCUGGUGCAGGAUGCAGAGGGGCGCAGGUGCCUGGUGGAGGCUGGGAGCGAUGAAGGACUGGCAAGAGCUGUGGAGAGGCGGUGGGUGCAAGUGGGGGAGGCACAGCAGCUGCUGAAGCCCCAUUCAGGGCUCUGGGCCGGCCUGCACUGGGAGUGCAGUGCUGGUUGCAAAUUUGACCCGUGCUGCUUCUGUGGGCUCUCUCUCUUUACCUUUCCCUCCCUUCCCAUCUUCUGCCUUCCGGAUUCUCUUCUCUCUGCACCUUUGCGUCGUGCCUGCUGGCCGCCUGCUGCCCACUACCGGCAGGCGUCGUUCAGCCAGGAGUUUCAGCGCAGCAUGCGGCAGGCGCCGUCAUUGGAGGUGAUCAACGCAGUGCGGCGCCUCAUGCAGGGCCACCGCCCGCAGUGGGACACGCGGCCGCGGCACGAGCUCAGCGACCCGCGCUACCACGACAUCAUUCAUGUGCAGCCUGUGGGGCGCGCCUUCCUCAUCUGGACCAUUGACAUCUGCCCAGAGUCUUACCAGCAGAUGAUCAAGGUGUGGGACGUGGUGCCAGAGCGCGGGGUGCUGCCGUGGCUGCACCGCCUGGCGAAAGGCUCCGCCCAGCACCUGAUGGCCGCAGUUCCCGGGGAGUGGCUGUUCAAGCUGAAUGAGCAGCAAGCUGCGAUAGUCCACUCCAACUGCACUGCUUUUGUGCUCGGCCGAUCAGGCACGGGCAAGACGACAGUGAUCACCCACCGCCUGCUGCUGCUGGAGCACACGUUCCGCCGCGCCAUGGGCGAGAGGCGCCUUCUGACUCAUGCACACACUGGACGAAGCAGCCCUUGGCCUGGCAGAGAGCAGGGCGGCUGGGGGGCAUGUGAGGAGCUUGAGGAGAGUGAGGGAGACGAGGGUGAAGGGAAGAGUGCGGGGGAGGGAGAGGAGGAAAAGGGUGGACUGCGGCAAGUGGUUGUGACCCCGAGUGCACGCCUGUGUGCUGCUAUUAAGCGCUAUGUGAACAAGGCCACGAGGACUAUGCUGCAGGCAGAGGAGCAUGGCGGUGCCUGGUUGCCCAAGGGACGCGCGGGGAGAGGGGAGGGAGAAAAACAGUCGGAACCUUCAGGGGAGGAGGAGCAAGAUGAGCUGCUGUUGUUGGAGGAAGCAGAGGAGAAACUUCUGGGCGACCUACCAGAGGCUCUGGAUUCAGUGGCGCCUGCUGCCUUCCCUCUCGUGCUCACAUUCAAGAAGCUUCUCAGCAUGGUGAAUGCCACGCUGUCACACCCGUUUCAGACGGAAGGGAGCAGCACGGGCAGUGGAUGGGGCAGAGGAGGGUCUAGGGGAGGUCCAUGGAGUGAGGAGGUUGACUACGAGCGGUUCGAGGCAGUCUACUGGCCGUGGCUCAACGCAGCAACCACUCGUCAUCUCGACGCGUCCGGUGUGUUCAAGGAGAUCUUCUCCCACAUCAAAGGCUCCCUGCACGCGCUCAGGACAUCGAACGGCCGGGUAUCUCUGCAGGACUACGUGCUGCUGGCGCGCACACGCACGUCGAGCCUGAACGAGGAGCAGCGCACAGCCGUGUACGGCCUCUUUUUGCAGUACGAGAGGCUGAAGCGGCAGAGAGGGGACUAUGACAUGUGUGACUACGUUUUCCAUGUGUACAAGCAGCUGGAGAAAGGGGCUACACGCCUGUGGACCCCCGCUGCGGCUGCUGCGGCUGCGGCAGGCACUGCCUACGGUAGCGCCAGCACUCCUCCGCAUUGCAGCCGGCCUGGCGUUUCGUCAACUGCAAUAGGGAUAACCAGGGCUGAUGGUGGUGGGGGGAAAGUCGUUGCAGGGCCACCAUUUCAGUACGUGUACGUGGACGAGGUGCAGGACCUGACGCAGGCGCAAAUCGCCAUCCUGCAGUUCCUCUGCUCCAAUGUCGCGACUGGGUUCUUCUUUGCCGGUGACACUGCCCAGACCAUCGCGCGCGGGGUGGACUUUCGCUUUCAAGACGUCCGACGACUCUUCUACGAGCUGUUUCUGGGAAAAGGGGCAGUUGCCUCUGUUGCAGGUGGGGUGGAGAGGAAUGAGGAAGUGGAUGCAGGGCGAGGGGAGGCUGGUGGUGGGGUUAGUGGCAGGGGGAUUGUGGAAAGUGGGAGGAUCGGUGAGGAGAAGGAAGAAGGGUGUGAAGGUGGGACUGGGGGUGUGCGGGAGAAGCAAGGGAGGUGGGCGAGGGCAAUAGAGUUGCGAGGGAGGCAAAGGCAGUCGGCCAGAGGGAAAAGGAUUCAGGAAGAGGCUCGAGGGGAGGGAAGCGCGGGAAAGGAGGCGGGGGGUAGGAAGCCCUGUGCGGGCUCGUCGAAGGGUUCAUCAGGGGUGCUCACUGGGAGAGUCACAGCAGAAGAAGUUAUUGACAAGGUUGCAGGCACCAGGAAUGGGGGAGAGGAGGAUGCACGCGUGGGCCCAGUGGAGGAUCGUUCCUCUUGCAGUGAGAUGCCGGACCUGCAGUUUCUGUUGCAGAACUUCCGGUCGCACAGCGGCAUUGUGCGAGUGGCAGACAGCGUGGUGCGCGUGCUGCUGCACUUCUUCCCCCACUCCGUCGACCGCUUGCAGCCCGAGUUCAGCCAGCAGCAGGGCGAGCCUCCCGUGUUCCUCCAGUCCGGCGGCAGCCAUGACCGCGUGGCACAGCUGUUCGGGAAGCGGGGAGGCAUUGGAGGAGGAGGGUGUGAAUUCGGCGCUGAACAGUCGCUUACAUAUCCUCACAUAUCCUCCCUUUUCGCUCUUUUCCAAUACUUCUCCCCCCUCCUCUGCCCCCUUGUCCACCUGUCGCCCUCCCAUCGCAGGCACAACCUGCUGUGCAGCGAGCUGAAGCAGCUGUACGUGGUGCUCACACGGGCGCGGCAGCGGCUGUGGAUCUACGAGGAGGAUGAGGCGGCAAGGCAGCCGGCCAUGGACCUGUGGGAGGCGAUGGGGUUGGUGGUGGUGCGCCCACUGACCAACGAUCUUAUUGCGUCCAUGCACACAGAGUCCUCACCCGAGAAAUGGCACAAACGGGGCCUCGAGAUGUUCAACGCUGGGCAGUUUGAGGCAGCAAAGAUGAGUUUCGAGAGGGCGGGGGACGAGCGCAGAGCAGCAGUGGCACACGCGGCACUGCUGCAGCAGACGGCCAAGAGGCAGCAAGGCACAGACCACCGGCAGGCCUGUCGAACCUUCCUGGAAGCCACGCAGGCAUUUCUGGCGGUUGACCGUCCGAGGGACGCUGCAGGGUGUCUCGCGAGCGCUGGGGAGAUGGAACAAGCAGCUGCCAUGUACCGCAAUAUGUGCAAGCCGCCACAGUGGGAGAGGGCCGCAGCAUGCUACUUGCAGGCCGGAACGGCCUCAGAUGCUGCCGAGUGUCUGGCCCAGGCGUGGCUUGUGGAACGCGCUCUAGCCGCGCAGAUUGCAGAUGGGCUGAGAGCGGUGAAAGGGAAGGACAAGCAGGAGCAGCAUCAGUCGCAGCAGUGGGUGAGCGGGGACAUGUCUGUCAGUAGCAGCAGUGGACUGCCUCCGCCUCCUCUCUCAGCUGCAGCAGCAGGUGGCAGGAACGCAUGGGACUUAGAAAGGGCCGGAUGGGAAAGGGGGAGCGUUCAAAAGGUUGCAAGGGAGAGCAGUUCUGUUGCAUGUGCUCCCUUGAAAGUCGGUGAGUGGACGCUGCGGCAGGAGCUGGUCACACGGCUGAAUUCUGCUUUCCUGCGUGACGCUGCGAAGUUCUUCUAUCGGAAGAAGGAGAGGUGCAAGAUGAUGAAGUAUGUGCUCCAGUUCCCAGCCGCAGCAGAGAAGCGGCGGUUCUUGGAGAGAAGAGACUUGUUUGAGGAGCUGUUGCAAGUCGAGGUGGUUGAGGGGAACUUUGAGCAGGCAGCCGCAGCAAAACUGAAGAAGGGCGAUAUGUUGGGGGCAGCUGAAAUGUUUGUUCAGCAGAAGAUGUGGGGCAGGGCGUUCGAUUGUGCAAUGGAAGCUGCCCGUGUUUCCAGCAUGUGGGCGAAUGGGAACAACGGGUGGCCCCUGAAUUGCAGCAGCAGCGCAAAGAGAGGAGAGGGAGGAGUGGAUGAAGAUGAGGAAGAGGAUGAGGAUGAGGAUGUGGGUGAGUUCACGCAGCUGAACACGGGCGGGAGCAGUUGGAGCUGGAGGACAGAAGUGAGGAAAUGGAUUGGAAAAGGAGCAGCGGCGAGGUUUGAGGGAGUUGGGGAGGAAGGCCAGAAGCGCAGCAAGGGGGAGAGCUGGAAUGCAUUGGAGCUGGCCGUUGCCAUCUGGCUGAGACAGGAAACAGGGCGUCUAGGUCGGAGUGAGAAAGUGGGGAGUGCAGUGCAGGGAGAAGGAGCAAGGGAAGGCGAGAGGGAGGUGGAUGCAGAGCAGGGCUUGGAGGUUCUGACCUUGCUGCUGCUGCGCGAGAGGAUUCAGCUAAGGGAUGACAUGGGAGACAUAGAAACAUUGUGGUGUCGGCUGGCAAAUUGGGAAGGGGGGCGAAGCAUUGCUGCUGAAGUGCUGAGCAGCUGGAAGGCUCUGGAGUUGAGCGUGCAGAAAUUCAACUUUCUUUCGCACACCUUCUCCUCCCUCUCCUCUGCCUCCCCUCUCACGAGCACCGCUGCCCCUCCGUUGAACACAGAGCGUCGCCCACAGCCCGCCAGCGUAGGUGGGUGGAGGCAACCCUUGGGAAGAGGCGGACAACAGGGUAUGCAGCAAGACGAGAGGAGUGAGCAGCCGAGAGAGGAAUCCUGGCCAGGCGUUUUCCAGCAGCUGGUGGCGCAGGUGGAGGAGGUGCAGCGCUGGUGGGGUGACUGGAGUGAGAGGGCCGAGCGAAUGGUGACGGCGCUGCAGCGGCUGCGCAGGAGGAGAGAGGUGCCAGCAGAUCAGCCCUGGCUGGAUGCAGCCUUCCACUUGCUUGCCGCCACACCCCCCACUGCCUCCGGUACAGUAGGGGGUGUGUCCACUGCAGCCCACACUGCACCUCCUGCCCACUCUAUCCUGGUGGGUUUGUCCAGUGCUGCCUGGCUUCUGCCUGUGCGUGCUGCCGUGACCCGCCUGCCCAAUCAGGGCACUCGUGGGGAGGUAGCAAGGGAGGCUGCAGCUGAGGCAGGUGCCAUUUACUGGGCCAGGCAGGUGGUGGCUGUGGUGCAAAGCUGCCUGCAGGUCUUGGACGUAGCCAUGUGCAGGUCGAGCGUGGCGUUGCAGCAGAUGGGGCUUGGAAACGAACUUAUGUUGCGAGGAAUGGGACGACAGGUACCAGGGCCUGUGGCUCAGGGAGGAUGCAAGAUCCAUAAGGUUCAGCAGCAGGAGCAGCAGCAGGAGGGGGGUGAGAGGGAAGGGAUAUCCCAUGCAGCGUUACUGCGUCUGCAGUGCAAGUGGCUCGUGCAGUGCCUUGAGAUGCUGGAACGAGCCCUACAGUGCUGCAAUGGCGCCACAAAGGCCAUUCAACGGCCCCACAGUCACUCCACAACGGACUGCGUCUCAUCAAAAGAGGGAAAUGGUCAAAAGUCGGCAGAGGCACGAGAGUUGGAGGGCACUGCGAGCAUGUUAGAGCGGCUGCAGGACAGCCUGGCCCAGCGCCUGCUGCAGCAUGUGAUGCCGGUGGGCGCUCCCCUUCCCCGUGACUUGGCGCUGCUGGCUGCGGAGGUGCGAGCGCAGGAGAGCACUGCCUUGGUGCUGCACUGCUGGGCUCUCAGGCUGCUUGCACAAUGCGUGGAUGGGGCUACACGUCAGGACGGGGUCACGCGGGACAAGGAAGGAGUCCGGUGGGGUUUAAAUGGAUUGGGGUCUGACAUGCACGAGCCUGUGCUUUUGGGUCUCUUGGGGGACUUGCUGCUAGUGCUGCCGCUGUUGGGCUCCAGAUGGGUGCACAGGUACGGCCGGGAGUUGCUGCAGAGGCAGUCCAGCCUGCCUAAUGUGCACGCUGCGGUGCUGAGAGCAGUGGUGCAUGAAGAUGCCGUCCGGUUGUUCCUUGAGCAGCAGCACAGCCAUGGCGCUGCCGUCACUCUUGCCAGCACCGAGUGGGUGGCUGCUCUCCUGGAGGCGCUCACUAGCCGCAAUCCCGGGCAACCUAGCGGCGAUAUCUCCCUCCUCCUUACUGCCGCUGGGUACGUGCUUGAAAGGGAAGUGACUUACGUGCUUGCAGCCAUCACCAAGCUCCGAAACUUCAUCGUCCCCACCUCCCUUGCUUCUCUUCACCUGGAUAACCACCACGCCUCUGCUCUCUGCACCCUCCUGCUCCAGUCACUGUUCGGAAUCUCUCCAGGCAGUGAGCAUCAGCUCAAAGCCCAGCUGUCUUGCCUACACGGGCUUAUCAAGUCCCUUCUUCAGCAGCAUGGCUCAUUACAGCAGCUGAGGUGGUCAAGUUCUGAGGCUGCUGGUGACUCUUCCCCGCACUUUCUCCGUCUCCUCACCCUCUUCCUCGCUUCAUCAGCCAAUGUCCCAGCUUUCCACAACAGCACGGCCGCUUUCCUCCGUGACCUCUGGCGCUCCAACGGGUCGCUGUUGCAUCAGCUCCCGCACGUGAUUCGUACCGAAUUCUCUGCUGUUUUGGGCGGCAAUGGGCUCAACCCCAAUGCAUUGCACGACCGCUUUUCGUGGGCCAUGUUCAAACUGGGUGACCCGUGGAUUGUGCUCCGGAGAAAAGGCUCUCCCUUUAUUCAUCGGCGCCGAUGGAUUGUGAAGCUGCGAAGGUUCAACGUGGAGAAGAGGCUGGUUAAGAGUGCAAAUGUGCCACAUUCGCCUCAAGCGAAUGCGAAUGAGGGUUGGGUGCCUGGUGUGGAUACUCGUCCCCCAGAGCACAGCGUCUUCUCUCUUGUGGAGCUUACAGGAUGCGAGCCUGCAGGACGCGUUGGUGGAGGUGCGAUUGCUGAUUGGGAGGCGGAGGUUGGGGAGGGGAGAGAGGAAGAAUGGGAGGAGGAAAGGGAGGGUGCCAGCGGAGAGAGAGCUGAAGAGCGGGGUGGAGCUGAAGGGUCGGUCGCCGAGGAGGGUCAGGAGCAGGAGGAUGAGGAGGAGGUGGAGAGCGAGGGGGGAGGGGAGCUUGAUGUGGAGAGGAUGGUUGAGGAAGAGGGGAACGAGGGUGCUGAUGCUUGGUCCGGAAAGGAGGGAGGGUUUGAGAGAGGGUGCAGGAAAGCGAGGGAGGGAGAUGAGCGAGAGGAGGUGGACGGAGUGAAGAUUGCUGUUCGUGUCACUGCAACCUUAAGGCAACUCCUUCUAGAGGCAAGGGGGCGGCUUCAGAAGGAGCUGCCACCUCUGGAGAGGAGUCGCAGGGAGGCGAAGCGAGGCCUCAGUGUGCUGCUGCACACACGCAGCAAGGCUGUGAGGGAGUUCUACAUCACAGAGUAUUUGGGACAUGCAUCCCCCCUCGAGGUAAAAGCGUCGGAGUUUCUCGCCCUCGUGCACCGUGCAGUGCUAGCCAUGAAGGCUCGCCUCGGCACAGCACAGCAUGAUGGGGCACAGACAGGCGGCUGGGAGCAGACAGGGGGGCACGGAGGGAUGAAGGGGUCCAUGGGUGUUUCUUUACAGGAGGAGCAGAUUGAGAGGGAGGAGAAGUUGCUGGAUGAUGCAGCAGAUGCUGCAGAGGAGCUCGAGGCUGCCAUGGGAGUGAGAACCGCGGUGGUGGCUGUCGGUAACUGUUACAAUGCUUUCUGUGCAUCCCCUCGUUUUCUCCCUGUCAUCAUUUGUCAUGAUUACAUCCUCUACAUAUUACGUCCCAACCUCUGA